AUGGUGGCCCUCUGUGUGCCAUGGUCGGUCCAUGGCGUGAUUGCUGGCUCGACCGCUGGAGAUGCCGUCGACGACAGCGCCUGGACCGAUACUGCCAACUCCAAGAGUUGGUCUCAAUCAAAAUCAUCUCGGCGGUCAAGUGAGGAGAGAAGGUUGGGGGCUGGCCAUGACGCUGGGUGCCGGCCCUCAGGCACGUUUGCACGCACUUUACACCAUCCACGACGUCCUCUCCGGCCUUUGCACGAAGGCGAUGAUCGUAUCUCGACCGAUCUGCCAGUCCUCCUCGUCUUCCAAGCAACAACACAGUCAACUGGAUGCAUCGCCCGCUGCUUCGUUGGGCUGGCCGUGACCCUGAGCGCCAGUCCUUCGGGGCAGCUGGGAGAUUACAGAAGACUACCAGCGAGAGAAGGACAACGAGAUGGUCCGCUACAUGGAAGGCCGGGGAGCAGCAGCAAAUGGAAGCUCCUCGGCCGGUCUCCAUCGAAGAAGAGCAUCUUCUCACGCCGCCCAUUCGGCAUCACCGAGGCGAAGAGCUCGACCAAGAAGGGCAAGAAGAAGGGUGAUGAUUCAAACGAGCCGCCACCACGAUGGAACACGUCGAUGGGUUUUCGCGGUGACGCUGGGUCAGAGAGCACCCGCAGCCGGACGACGACCACUCCCAGCACCAUGCAGGGUGGCUCGGAGUCUGGCAGCGCGACUCAGCGUCAAAAAGUCCCAAAGCCAGCUAUGGGGCUCACCAGACACACAAGCCUGAAGUAUAACGACGGCCGACUGCCACCGACUCCAACUGCCACCGACUCCAACUGCCACCGACUCCAACUGCUACCCACUCCACCGACCAUCGAAGGACAAGCCACCUGA